AUGGAUGACCAGGCCUCCCUUGACCGUGCUGCCGUUUGUAAACUGCUCGAGCGUCUAUCAGCAACUGUGGACCAAGAAGAACAGGAGUACCAUCCGUGGCGGCGGCAGUCCCGAACCUUUGAUCAAACAUUGCUCAGGUUUUGGGACCAUAACUCAGGAAGCCAACUGGAUGAAGACGGCUUUGAAAACCUCUCCCACUUGUGGUUCCGACGGCGUCGAGGACCCUUCACUCUAACCGUCGUCGAUCCCGAUAAUCGAAUUCGAAACGGCCUACUCGUCCUACAUGUCAGUGAUGAGAUGAAAUAUUAUCAUGUCCCUGACCCCUAUAAACAAACCAACGAAUACUACAAAGAUCACUACAUUUGCCUGUGGGAGGUCACAAAGAAGGAGAUAGUGGGCCACUGGCGAUGGGAAGUCCUUGUUGAAAACGCGAAUUGGUAUGAGGAGAUCGUCAUUCCCGCUUUUCGGCGCAAGCGGAAAGCAGUGGAAUCUGAACACUUGUCAAACCUCUUUACCAGGCUUUCUCGUAAGUCUAAGCUGUGA